AGUUAACUAUUUGCAGAGAACUCCUCAUCAUCGUCUUCAACAGAGCACUCCGUCUUCUUCUUCCUCUCCCCUCGGCGGUUCCAUGAUCAGCCAUAGGAUCAGAGAAGCUCCAUAGCUGAAUUCCAUCUUCCUCCGCUUUAAUACUUCCGUGAAUUCAACAAUGGCUUGAGGUGACCAGCCACGUAGAGAGCAAUGUCCCGACGGAACCACACGACGGAGCUCGGCUGCAUCGCAUGCGAGGAGCUGAGUGAGCUCGGUGCCGGCAAGGAGGGAUGGCUCGUCGACAACCCUAGCCUGCUCUGCGCGCUCGACACGCACGCGCUCGCCCUCGCGAACCGCUCCCUCGUCCUCGUCGUCGGAUGGUCCGAUCCGGUCUCCCCUCGGGUCAAGAUCCACCCCGACCUGUCCCCGAUCGAGGCUGAGUUUAUCAGCGCCAUCGAGUGGCUGGUAUUCGAUGACAUUCGUGUGAUCGCGAUCGGCACUUCUCGUGGUUAUCUGUUGAUUUACUCUCUGGACGGCGAUUUGAUCCAUAGACAGAUCAUACACACUACUCGAAUCUUAAGGUUAAGAGUCCGGGGGACCAAGAGAGAUUUGGCCCAAGAUGCUUUGGCAGAGGAGGUCUGUGUGGUCAUGCCUGGUGUAAUUGCUCGUUUUGAUGGCUCUGAUAUACAGAGCAUGCUGCAGAGAUGGUUGCAAGAGACGCAUGCUCGGUUUUGGGAUGAAAGCCCUAAAAGAUCUUUAGAGGAUUCGGGGAACUCUUUUGGGAGAUUACCUUACCAGUUAUGGAAUGUUAAUAAGUAUGGGUUGUGUGCUGAUGCUGCUAUUACUGGCAUAAUGCCGCCUCCUCUAAUGGAAGUGCAGUCAAGUCACCGAUAUUAUUGUGCAGUCACCAUUGGAGAGGAUGCAGUAAUUUCAGCAUUCAGACUUUCAGAAGACAGAAAUAGAUCCAUUGUUGGAGCUAUCCUGUCCAAGGUUGUACCUGCUACAUUUUCAACAAUAGCUUCAGUUUCUAAAAUGAUAUGGCGAAGUGGAUCAGCAUCACCCAAACAAUCAGAAGUGAAACCGCAGGCAUUUGCUCGAGCCUCUCCUCUGACAUGUUUGAAGGAUUAUCCUCGGAAGGGUGAAAAGCUGACGCUAUCACCCAGUGGGACAUUAGCUGCAAUAACAGAUUCGCUUGGUCGUAUCUUGCUCUUAGACACUCAGGCUUUGGUGGUAGUGCGACUAUGGAAGGGUUAUCGUUAUGCUAACUGUUUAUUUAUGGAGAUGCUAGUUCAUAAGAAUUCGAAUUCAGCAGGCUCAAGUUUCAAUUACUAUGAAGCAACAAAAAGUGACUAUUGCCUGUGCUUGGCUAUUCACGCUCCUCGAAAAGGAAUAGUCGAGGUUUGGCAGAUGAGAACAGGGCCCCGUCUCCUAGCCAUUCCAUGCCCCAAAGGAAGCAAGAUAUUGCAGCCCACGUACAGGUUUGAAUGGACAUCAUCCUCUCCGUACGUGCCCUUGGAAGUUUUCCUUUUAAAUGGCGACUCGGGUCAAAUAUCUGUUCUUAAUCGGGUUCUCAACUGAAAUCUUUUCCAUGCUAUUCUAGUUCUCCCAAUUCAAAGAGGAAAAAUCGCAUGAUUUCUCACUAUUUGCUAUGGAAGCAUGUACAUUAGUCAUUGAGCAGAAAAUGCAGUUUCAGUUCAAAACGCACUCUGUGUCUGCAUCCUUUGUUUGAAGAGAUUUCUAUCUGCAACAUUUAUUUUGCAUGUAUCUCUCCAUAAAGAGCAAGCAAUGACGUUGAGGCUGUUGAAGUUUUU